AUGUCUUCAAUCCUAGGACUCCCUACACAAGGAUCAGAUGUAACAAUUCUCAUAACCAGGGUCAACUUGCAUCCACUUUGUGUACUCGUGGAAUUUUGGGGAAAAUUUAGCCAGGAGAGGACAGUAGAUUAUGAGUGCCUGGCUAAGGACAUUCAGCCUCCUGGAACCACAUUUCAAGAGUUUGAAGGAAUUCCUGGUGACCAGUGCUUGGUUCAGAUAGAUAGUACUUGGCACAGGUCCUGCAUAGUCUCAAGAAAUGGCUCAAAAUACAGUGUGUUCCUCAUUGACAAAGGGAUGACGUCUGCCACCACCACAAAUAAGCUGGCAUGGGGUAAGAAGGAGCUCUUCCACCUGCCACCUGAAGUGGAAUUUUGUGUGCUAGCUAAUGUGUUACCACUCUCGCCUGAGAGAAGAUGGUCUCCAGUGGCUCUCGACUUUCUGAAAUCUCUCUCUGGGAGGUCUGUGAAGGCAAAAGUGCAAGAUGUCCUGGUGCCCCAGAGAGCAUUUCUCCUGCACAUUGCUUGCAUAUCCAAACAAAUGUAUGAGAUGGGAUUUGCCAAGAAGCUGUCUCCAGACAUGUUCCAGGACUUUGUACUCAUGUCACUACAGUCCCAUAAUGCAGCUCAAGUGUCACCAGAGACUCAACAGAUCUCCAUUGGAGAAAGUAAGCGACUGCACAAACAAGAGCUCUUCAUGUACCCCGAGCUGCCAGCAGGAACUGUGGAGACUGUCAUAAUCUCAGAAGUCACAAAUCCACAGCGGAUUUUUUGCCAGUUGAAGGUCUUCUCGCAAGAGCUGAAGAAACUCGCAGAACAAAUCACACAGUGCUGCGAGGGCAGAAUAACCAAUUUCAUUGUAGGUCCAGAGAUGAUUGGUUUUCCAUGUGCUGCAAGAGGAAGUGAUGGCAGAUGGUACCGCUCUGUUCUACAACAGGUAUUCCCAGGCAACAGAAUGGUGGAAGUGUUGAACAUUGACUAUGGAACAAAACAGUUUGUUCAAGCGGAAAAUGUAAGACCACUGGCUGCAGAAUUCUUCAGGAUGCCUGUUGUGACUUACACCUGUUCCCUCGAUGGAAUCAUUGACAAAGGGGUUGGAUGGACAACCAGACAGAUUGACUUUCUCAGGAACCUUCUUCUGUGCAAGACAUUGAUUGCCAAAUUUGAGUACCAGAGCGUCUCUGAGGGUGUUCACUAUGUCACGCUCUAUGGGGAUGAAAACACAAACAUUAACAACUUGUUUGGUUCCAAGGAGAGCUGUUUGCUGGAGUUUGAGAAAACACUUGGAGAUUAUGCUAUCUGUAGCACUGCAUUCAGCCGCCAGCAUGCAGCCCAGCAAGAAAGAAAUGAAAGAAAGAUGUUACCUCCUGGAGAGACUGGAGAGGAAAAAGAAGGGAAAGGAGUAAUAGAGAAGUUAGCAGCGGAAGAUCUUUCCCUGAAUUCCUCACAUGUUGCAGUUGUUCAGCAUGUAUCCAACCCAUCAGAGUUUUGGAUCCAAACACAAAACUAUGCAAAUGAGUUGGAUGAACUGAUGGAUAAUAUUUAUCAUUUUUACAAAGAUUCAGAGAAUAAAGAUGUAGCGAGAAAUCCAACUGUUGGGCUCUACUGUGCUGCCAAGGCAGAAGAUGGUUACUUCUACAGAGCAAGUGUGUCUGAAGUUGGUGAGACACAAAUCAAGGUAUUCUUUGUUGAUUAUGGAAACACUGAAGUAGUUGACAGGGUUAACAUCAGAAUCCUUCCUGACAAGUUCAAAAAGCUACCAAAGCUUGCACUGAAAUGCACCCUGGCUGGUGUCAGACCGAAAGAUGGGAGAUGGAAUCAAAGUGCCUCAGAGUUUUUCAUCAAAGUAGUCACAGAUAAAGUACUAAAUAUAUAUGUGACAGGAAAAUGUUAUGAUGGUUAUGCCGUCCAACUAACAGAUCCCGGGGCUCAGGGAGAAAGAGACCUCAGUACAAUGAUGUGUAGUUCUAACCUUGCUGAAAGGGCUGAGACAUGGAGACAACCCAAAGCCAAAAUGACCAUACAACCUGCCAUUCUGUCUCCUACACAUCAUCCAGAUACCAGAGUCACAGGUGUAUACAGGAACAAUGGAAUGUCUUUACAGACCCAAAACAGUGUUGGCACUGCCAGCAAUGAAAGAAUUCCUACAUUCAAGGAGCACAUGUUUCCCAUUGGGAGUGUCCUUGAUGUCUCUGUGUCUUACAUCGAAAGCGCAAAUGACUUCUGGUGCCAACUAGUACAAAAUGCAGGGUACUUGAAAUUGCUCAUGCAUGACAUACAGGCUCAUUAUGCAGGCAGUGAAUUUCAGCCUCUGGUAGAAACAUCUUGUGUUACUCGCCACCCAGAUAAUGGAAUGUGGUACAGGGCCCUUGUGAUCCACAAACAUGAAACGCCUCAUGUGGACGUGUUGUUUGUUGAUUACGGCCACACAGAAACGGUCUCCCUCUAUGACCUGAGGAGGAUAUGCCCAGAAUUCCUCACUCUGCAUGGUCAAGCUUUUAGAUGCAGUCUGUUAAACCCCGUUGACCCGUCGUCUGCCAUGAAUGAUUGGAAUGAUGAAUCGAUAGCAAGGUUCUACAACUUUGUGGAAACUGCUGCAUCCAACUUUGUGAUUUUAAAGUGCACCAUAUAUGCUGUCAUGUACAGUGAGCAGAAGAUCGUUUUCAACAUUGUGGAUCUAGAAACUCCCUUUGAGAGUGUCUGCACCAGCAUGGUCAAUCUUGUCAAAAGUGCACCUCCCCAGAAAGCCUCUGGACCAACUUUCCGUCUGGACACAUACUACUACUCAACGCACAAUGUCAAAACUGGAACAGAGGAACAGAUCAAAGUGACAUGUGUAAACAAUGUCAAUCAGUUCUACUGCCAACUUGAGAGGCAUGCUGAUUUGAUGAAAGAGCUUACAAUCAAAGUGAGAAAUCUCUGCCAUCAGCUAGAGAAUGUAAAUUUCCCAGCAGUCUUUGGAACUUUGUGCUUUGCCAAGUACACUGAUGGGCACUGGUACAGGGGACAGAUCAAGGCCACAAAGCCAGCCAUCCUGGUUCACUUUGUGGAUUAUGGUGACACUAUUGAAGUGGAAAAAUCUAAUUUACUUCCAGUACCCAGAGAGGCUAACGACAUCAUGUCUGUGCCUAUGCAAGCAGUUGUGUGUAGUCUCUCUGAUGUCCCUUCCAAUGUUCCCAGUGAAGUGAACAACUGGUUUGAGACAAGCGCAACAGAAUCUAAAUUCCGAGCACUAGUAGUGGCCAGAGAACCUGAUGGGAAAUUGCUGGUUGAGCUGUAUAAUGGAAACACCCAGAUUAAUUCAAAGAUCAAGAAGAUGUUUCAGAUUGAGAUGCACGCAGAAGAGCGUAUUGUCUACCAGUGUAAGAAGGCACAUGAGGCCUCAUCAAAACAUACACAAAAGCCUCCAAAAGCUGCCCCAAAACAACCUACAGAAAUAGAAGAUCACACACAAACUAUCAAGAAAAGCAGCUUCACUGCCCCAAAACCAGCAUGUCAAAUGAGAGAUGAGACCAAACCUGCCAACAUGAAUCUGCAAUCUGCACUGAAGCCUUCGCGCCAUGCUGGUGAAAAUGGUCACAAGGUCAAAGCUGUUCCGUUACAGCUGUAUAGACCUCCUCACCAAAGACAGUCAUGUGGAGGGAUUUCAAGUAAUAUGGGAAAUGGUUCUCAACCUGCAGUAACCUCACUCCCGACAGACGCUAACCAGCUAAUCGAGUGUAAUGCAGAUUCUCAAAAGGAAAGCAAUAUUGGAAAACUCCCUACACUUGCAGAACUGCCCUCAAAAUCUGUCACAUCGGGUAUGGAGGCAGAUGUUUAUGUCUCACACUGCAACAGCCCAUUGAGCUUUUACGUUCAACUUGUUAGAGAGGAGGAUGAAAUAUUCUCCAUUGCUGAACAGCUCAAUGAUCCCAAGUCAACCCAAAAAAACAAUGCCAUCAAAGAUGUACAUCCAGGGGACCUUGUUCAAGCAGAGUAUUCAGAUGAUUCCUCAUGGUACAGAGCGGUUGUAAAAGAAAUCCAUGGACACACGAUGGCUCUUGUUGAGUUUGUUGAUUUUGGAAAUACAGCAGUGACACCAAUAUCUAAGAUAGGUAGACUCCACAAGUCUUUCUUGCAAUUACCCGUGUACAGCACACACUGCAUGCUGAGCAAUGCUGCAGCUCUCGGAAAAGAGGAAAUGUUUGAUCCAAAAGUGUUGUCAGCUUUCAAAGAAGACAUUGGCGGUGAUGGAAACAAACAGCUCAAGUGCAAGUUCAUCAGGCAGUUAGGAUCUGUGUGGGAAGUUACUCUGGAAGAAAGUGGUAUGAAUUUCAUGUGUAAAGUACCUACUAGAUGUUCAACUGAUGGUUUUGAAAUUGCCUCAGAGGAACUUGAACAAGUUAAUUAAAUAACUGCCCAGAACAUAAAGAAACUUCCACUUAACUUCUGUUCUCUACAUUACUAUCGACAAGAGUUUGUAGAGAAACAGCAGUUACAGAUCUACGUUACAACUAUAAAUGAUGCUCAUUCCUUUUGGGGUCAGUGUGCUGACUCAGAAAAACUUGACAAGAUAACAAAAGGUGUCUCAGAAGCUGGCAGUGCAGCUCAUCACAAACACAUUGACCCAGGUGCGCUCUCCCCUGGCAGCCCAUGCAUUGUUCUCUUUCCAGACGAUCAUCUUUGGUACCGUGCAGAGGUCAUCGACAAAGAUGGAGACGAGUUGUCUGUUUUGUUCGUGGACUAUGGAAACAAGUCCCAAGUCAGUGUUACAGAUGUGAGGGAAAUGCCUCAUGACUUGGUGGAAACUCCUCCACAAGCAUUUUUGUGCGAGCUUGAAGGCUUUGUUUCUUCAUGUGGAUCUUGGGACAGUGGUGCAGUUGAUGCGUUGUCCGCACUUUUACUUGACAAGUUGUUACAGUUGACUGUCACUAGAGUAACAAGAGAUGAAAAAAAUAUCAAAUACAUUGUGCAGAUGGAAUGUGUUGGCCAGUUGAUAAACGAAGCGAUGAAAACCUGGUGGAAGAGCUCCACAACAGAAAACAAACCUGAUGCAGGUGAACUGACCGCUUCAUACAAACCACCUAUGCAAUGUGACUCAUCUGUGAAAGAGGCUGCACUACCCAAGGAUCAACUAGAGUAUCCUGAAAGCCAAGAAAUAGGUACUGCUGUUGCUUGCAUUCACCCUCGGAGAGACCGUAGUGAAGAGCAGUUCACUGACAAGCUUGUUGACCCUCACAGAGCAGGGGAUGUCAAACUGGCAAGCAGUCCAAAGACCAGUGAAACCCCUGAAAAUUUUAUUAGUUUGGACUCUUUUAUGGAGUCCCCAAAAAAAGAAAGGGAUCAGAAAUCAUCAGAAUGUAAUAUGGCUGGUCGAACUCAAAAAAGUGCAUCCAUUGAAGGAGUGAACAAAGCCCCCGCUAUGGUGAUAUAUCAGACUAAAUUCAAAGACAUUUUGCCACGUGAUAGUGGCAUAGAAGAAAUCAUGUUACAUCCACUUGGUAACAAAGGUGACCAAGGUAUUUUGACCUUAAACUGUGACAAGUAUGUGGGUGAAACUGUUAAAGACGCUGAAGAGAAGGGUGCUUCAGUGAUGGACACAAUUAGGCCAGAUGAGUUAAAUUCUCCAUUGGAUGAGAACCUUAAGGAGGCCAUGAAUAAGUCAGAGAUUCCAACGAUAGACUUAGAGUCUUCAGCUGAAGAGUUGAAUAUCCACAACAUGGGAAGCAGAUUUGACACUAUGAUUUAUUCUGAUCCAACUAAUGACCAAGAUGACAGUGACAUUGCCAUUUCAAGGGACAAUUCUCUUACAAGUAUGACAGCGGUGAAAAUGAUUCAGACUGAAUUGCUGUUGCCCUCCCUUGUGCUUCCUGUGCAGCAAUUGGGUGAUGCUCCCACAGAGCAGGAAAUUGAAGCUGGAGAUAGUGUCAUGGAGGUGCCUUUUGUUGCCACAAAUGUCAAGAAUGACUUGAUGACUGAAGAGGAGAACUUGGCUCAUCAUGAGGAUACAUAUUCUGCCCCACUAGCUGGCGCUGACACAGCAACCCACGAGCCACAAAUCCACGCAGUUCUCUUUCCGAAUAUGGGUAAUGAGGUUGAAAAGGUGGCCUGUUUGACAGAUGUCUACAAAGAUCCAGAUGAGCCAAGUGGUGAUGGCGAAGUCACCAGUGUAAGAGAAGAUUGUCUCAUCAGUAUGGCAGCAAAGGAAAUGUUAAUUUGCAUCACAUUUCCCCAGGAAGAUAUUGGUCCUGAUAUAGAAGAUGGUCUGCAUAAGACAAUAGCUAAAGAAUCAAAUAAGGUCCAGAACGAAUCACUUGGAGCUCCCUCGGAGCAUGAAACGGAAAUUGGAGAAAUUUCCCUACAGGACGAGGCCAUGCCUAACAAGGAUGACUUGAUGACGGAGGAUGAGACCUCAGCUCUUCAUGAAGAUAAAUUUUCUGGUUUGUAG